GAAGUGUAUGGAACCCGAAGUAAAGUGACAGCAGGAUUUCCAGAACUACAUAGCAAUGGAUAAAGAGUUGAUAUCUGCCCCUGGAAAAGUCAUUUUACAUGGUGAACAUGCGGUAGUCCAUGGAAAGGUGGCUUUGGCAGUGGGAUUAAAUUUAAGAACGUUCAUUAAAGUACAACAUCGCAGGGACUCUACUGUGUUAAUAAACUUGCCAAAUAUUGGCACUAAGCUGACCUGGAAUGUCUGCCAGCUUCAGCCUUUGCUACCUAGCUUCCAAGGCCAUGCAGACAACUAUCAUAUCAUUUUAGAACAGCUGGAUUUACUAAAGCAAUUUGCAGGUUUUCCUGAUGGAUCUAAAGACACUGAACAUCUUGCUGUCCUGGCCUUUCUUCACCUCUACCUUUCCAUCUGCGGGCGAGAUCUCAAAGCGUUGAACAUCGUAGUUUGGUCCCAGCUGCCUCCAGGAGCUGGUUUGGGGUCUAGCGCUGCUUAUUCUGUGUGUCUGGCAGCUGCCUUGUUAACCGUCUCUGGAAGGAUUCCGUGGCCAGUUCAAGAAGGCACAGAAGAUGUCGGGUGGACAGAGACUGAGUUAAAACUCAUUAACAGUUGGGCUUUUCAGGGGGAAAAGGUCAUCCAUGGGAAUCCAUCUGGAGUAGACAAUGCUGUGGCAACAUUAGGUGGUGCUUUACGGUAUCAAGCUGGACAAAUAACGCCAAUGAAGAGGGUACCGUUGCUACAGAUUUUGCUCACCAACACAAGAGUUCCACGCAGCACAAAGAUCCUGGUGGCAGGAGUGAAAGAUAAGCUACUCAAGUAUCCAGAUAUUAUAGAACCAGUCCUGUCAUCAAUGAAUGCAAUUUCUCAGGAGUGCCAGAGCAUCUUAGAAACAUCAUCUUCAGGAUUGUCUGUGGACCAGUAUUCAGUGUUAGAGGAACUGAUUGACAUCAAUCAACAUCAUCUUAACGUGAUUGGUGUUGGGCAUCCGUCAUUGGACAGAGUCUGUCAGGUGACUGCUUCUCAUGGUCUGCACAGUAAACUGACAGGUGCUGGAGGAGGUGGCUGUGCAAUAACUUUACUGCGACCUGAUGUAGACCGAAGUGUGGUGGAAGCGGCCAAGCAGCAGCUCGUGGACUGUGGAUAUCAGUGCUGGGAGACCAGUAUCGGAGCCCCAGGUGUUUCUUUGCAUUCUUCUCUGUCAUUGCCAGAAGAUAUUAGAAGAGCUUUCAGCAAUAUAUAAACUAUAUUUAGCCUAUGGAUAUUACAUUGUGCAGCACCAUCACAGACUUAUCUCAUGAAGAUUGUAUUAGAACUGCUUGCUUUACUGAGGCUGUGAAAAGAUGCAAAGCUUGUGACUUUAAUAAUGGUGUAUUACCUGUUAGCAGCUAUCAGUCAUCGCACUGGCCAGAGAUGCAGUCAUUUGAAAUCGAAUUGUGGCUCAGAGAAAUGUAUUUAGUUAUAAAGUAUAUUUUGGUGUGUUUACCAAUAGGUUACAGAGCACCAACUGCAGUCCCCUUAAGCCGUCAAAAAAAACUAUGCCUUUUGUAGAC